CUGCUCAAACCGGUGGCGCCAAGGCUGGUGCCGCCCGCCAUGGAGGCCGUGCUGGAGCAGGUGGGGCAGCUGCCUGCGCUCCUCGCCGUCUCCCGUUCCUCGCUGGUGCGGGACUGGGACUCUGUGACCGUCGACAGGGCUCUAGAGUGGGCCCGGUAUUUCCAGCACCUGCAUGACCGCUUCCGCGCACGGCCUCGGCUCCGGGAGACCCUUGGGCGGCGGCUGCGGCGGGGUCAGGCCAGCACUGUGCUCGGCUUCUCCCACCUGGGUCGCUGCCCGCAGCUGCUGGGCCUGGCGCUGCUAGAGAACCGCUCUCUGCCGCCGGCAGCCUGCCACCGCCUGAUUCACAGCCUGCUGCAGCCCGCCGCCCCUGAGCUCCGCAGCCUGGUGCUUCUUGCCCGCCGUAAGGCCGCUUUCCGCCUGCUGGCGCUGCUGCGCUCCGGCCGGCCGCGGGCCCCGGAGGAGGCGGAGCCGCAGGUGCAGGCCGAGGCACAGCUGCUGCUGAGCCGGCUGCGGGAGGAGAGGCAGGAGGCUGAGCCGGCUGGGCAGGCCGCGCGGCAGCUGUGUUGGCUGUCCGGUGUCUUGGAGCAGCUAUCUCAGCCCCGGGCUUUCAGGGUGGUGGCAGCAGCGCUGCUGGUACUGAGGCAGGGGAGAGGCACUGAACGGGCCGGAAGUGGGGGUCGAGACGGGGACAGCCUAGACGGAAACCAGGAGAGUGCAACGGGAGAUGAAUACGUUGCCGAGCAGCUGCUUUCCUGGCUGUUGAGCAACGCGGAGCGAUUUUCUGCCUUCUGCCUUUUCCUUCCGGGCUCCCUUCUUGCCUCCCUAGCUGGUCACUAUUCCCAGUUAAGCAGACUCUAUCUGGACCUUUUAACCGGCUGGGGAAGCCACUUGCUUUAUGACCCCUUGCAGGGACGGUGGGUUAAAAGUUGUCUUGAGAAAGCUGAAUUGUCCUGGGAGGAGCUGAGGGAGCGCUUCGUCUCUCUCUGUCAGGCAUCUGUGCUUCUCAGGGGACAGACCCAAGCUGCUCUGAAGCACCUGAAGGCACAGGAUGGAGACUUUGAAGUCUGUGGCCUAAGUGUAUGGACUGACUUACUGAUGGAAGUAGAGGGAAAUCUAAGGAAAGAAUCAGAACACUGAUGUAUGAAUGAAAAGGCAACACGAGAACUUCGUUUCUGAAAUCCAGCAAGUCCAUUUAAUAGGAAAGACAAGAAAACUGCAUCUCACUUUGGGCAGGAAACUGAGUGUUGUGACUGUCAAUCACACUGUUUCUGACUGCAUAUGAAGUCUUUCAGGGAGGCCCAAUGCUUUCUUGUAAUUGCAUUGUCAAGUCUGGUCACCGCAGGAAAUGCUUUCCUUUUCAGUACUUACUGCUCACCUAACAAAAUGAAGAAAAGUCUUGCCGUUUCAACUAUAGAUUAGUUUUCUGUUUAGAAAGCAUUACAGUUCAGAUAUGGUCAUGGUAGUGGUGUCUCUAACUGUUGGAGGCUGACCAAAAGCUCAAAGGAGUGGUGGAGUUUCAAACAUGAAAACCCCAAACUUGUGGUUAAUUUGCUGGUGCUUGUCUUCAUUGGUCUGUCUGCACUGCUCUGGUGGCCACUUUUCAUGCUUCUAUAGGUCUUGAACAUGAUUUAGCCCCUGGGUCUAAGUGAAACUGAGAGAAAGCCAAGUGGAAAGCUUACUGUAAAGGUCUAAAAUUAGAAGGCUUUAUUAGUUGCUAUAUUAUAUGAUAAUAUGCAAGUAUUUCCUAAGGAAACUGCAGUAAAAUGUAGAGUGCUCUGUGUGGUUUUCUUCCCUUUCCUAAGCUGUCUUGCACAAUUUGUGGAACAAAAGUGAGUGAAUGACAAAAAAAAUUGUAUUAGGGAACAAUUUAAUUUUCUUUUCUGUUUAAUCAACUUCUGUGAACAAAAUUUUAUUAAGGUAAUUGUCUCAUCACUGUCAUUUAAAAUGAGUAUGGUUAUGCAGAGGUAACAUGUUUGUGCACAUUUAGGUCUUUAAGCUGGUAUUGCUGAAAGUGAGCAGUGAGAAAAGAGAAUAGUGAAGGUGUGGAGUUCCUGUCAGACUUCCUGUAGCCCAUAUUCUAGUUUCAGGAUCAGCUGAGACAUCUCUUUGCUCUGUUGCUGAAGUCCUUUUAGUAAGGGUUAGAAGGUACUUCACACUUCUGCUUGUAACCUUAAACAAGACAACAAGAUAUUAAAAAAUAUAAUCUGGAUUGAAACUAGUGUUAUUGUACUUCAGUACAAAAUAGUGUGUAGAACUAUGGCAAGUACUUCUGUACCACAAAACCAGGGUGGGAAGGAUCUUCUCUUUUUGAGAUGGAAACCAUUAGUGCAAGGAGAUGAAUAUUGUCUGAGAAAAUAAAUAAUGCCUGUUCUAAGUUGCCUGGAAAUAA